AUGGACCCGAAAGGGUCGAUAGUUUUGCUACACUGUCAGUGUGCCACCUGCCUGCUGUUCGAGGAUGAAGCCCCGUCGCAUCAGCAAAUUCAACUUGCGCGCAGGAUCUGGAUGCGGGAGUGUGACACGCGAGAUUACAACAAGAGGAGCUGCACGAUCGAGAACCUCCGCAGCUUGACGGACUACAACGUCCGGGUGUGGGCGCAGUGUACGGUGGUGGAACUUAGCUCAUAUCCCAACAGAACGACGGUGGCCGUUGGGACCCGGCCAAUCCCUGCCGUUCCGCCGUCUGCGCUCUUCUGCACAGGUUUGGAGCCGCUUCGCUUCUAUGCGGAUUGGUGGGCAAGUGAUCCAGAGGACUGCGAGUUUGUAGCCUGGGAGCUUGAGGCGCAACUCUUGCCGAGGACCGCGGGAUUCACCGCGGAUGGCCUUUUUGAGGGGGCAGCUCCUGGCGGUGAGUAUGAAACGAAGUGCGUGCUGUACGACCGAGACUUGCGGGAGUGCUGGGUGACAGAUCUGCUCGCGGAUCGUGACUACAAGAUUCGAGUUAGAGAAACCUGCACCAAUCCCCUGGCCAACAGCGAGUUCUUUGUAAGGUACCAAGAGUGCGCCACACUGACCAUGCCAGCCUUCAAUCCAGAGAAUUUGACCCAUUACAACGAAGACCUCUACACGUUCGAGGUGAGCUGGGAUCCUGGUGACCCAAAGGCUUGCAUCUUCCAGUAUUGGGAAGUUCAGGUGAAGGUUAACGAUACGGACUGGCCCGCAGGUGAUGAUCCACCGGUUUUUGGAUGCCGGGUCCUUCAGCGGAGUACAACGAAGUGCAUGGUUCAUGUCGGCCUGAACAGUGGCAAAGCCUUCCAAGUGCGGAUGCGUGAGGCCUGCACAGUUCGGCGACUCUACACGGACUGGGUCUACUACGAUGAAGUGGUUGAAACAAGACUGCCGGUGCCUGCCUCAAUGCCGGAGAACCUGACGGCCAACUCCACAUCACCAAACCACGACAUCUCCUUCGCGUCGCUGGAUGUUGCGUGGGAUGCACACCCUCCGGGCGAGUGCAUUUUCACGGGCUGGAAGGUGGAGACUCGCAUUCAUGAUAGAAAUCGCGAUUGGGAGGAGUCCUCCGAGUGCAGGGCCAACCCUCGUGAGCCCUUCGAGUGCCAAAUCACACAAGGAUUGCUGAGCAACGUGUACUACGACAUGCGGAUAACGGAGACUUGUGUUGAUCCAAAUGCACUUGGAGACACGCUGACAGUUCUCGACAUUGCACGGACCCGUCCUGUUCCAGCAGUUGCUCCCUUCAUCGUGUCCGUCUAUGCAACAAGCGCGCGGUCGCUUGGAGUGAGGAUCUCACAGCGGGCAGCUGGCCAGUGCGUGUUCGAGGCCUACAAGAUGGAGUGGAAGAUGCAGGGAUGGGACUAUUGGCUGCCAUACGAUGAUUGCACGCCUCGCAGCACCACGACUUGCUCCGUUUCUGGCUUCCCUGCUAGCCAGAGUUACUACACGGUGCGGAUGAAGGAGAGCUGCACCGAUCCGAUGGCAGACAGUCCUUGGGUCGAGUGGCCUGACUUCGUCUUGACGUGGCCAGAGCCCGCGCAGAUCCCGAGCAAUUUCACGGCCGUGGAGCUUACUGCUUACAACAUGACUUUCACCUUCGAGCCGGGUCUUGGCCUGGACUGUACCUGGUCUUCUUGGGAGGUGCAAAUUCUGCAAGGCGAUGCCGGCCCGCUGGCAACGGAGUGGAUGGACCUGACGGAAUGCUACCUGCCUUUCCGCGAGAAUGUCACCUGCAGUGUCACCAACCUUCAGAGCUUCACGGUCUAUCAGGUCCGAGUGAGGGAGAGGUGCACGGACUUCAUCUACGACAGUGACUGGGGCUACUCGGACCCCAUCAUGACCACCAUGCCCGUUCAAGCCGGCAUGCCCGUCGACAUGCGAAUCGUUCCCAACUCCAUCACGGCCUUCUUUUUCGACGUGUCCUGGCAGGCCGGAGCCAGUGGGCAGUGCAUCUUCAAGGAGUGGGUCAUGGAGGUGUACCAGACCUCUCCAGAUCCCGAAGAUUGGGCCUUCGCGCCGCUGCCCUCGCUCCAAGAUCCUCCGGGCGUCUGGGUGCGGCAUGCCUGUGGUGCAUCGCGAUCGGCUCCGAUCUGUCGUCCAGGCGACUUGCCGCGGACGCUGAAGCAAAACUCCACGUAUGCCGUGCGUGUUCAGGAAACCUGCACAGACCCGAAUGCCAAUGGAGACUUCACGAUGCUGUCGGAGAACGCAACGACGAUCAUUGCCACGAUUCCGGCAGAUCCACCGGAAAAUCUCACUGUGAGCAAUGAGACAGCCUACACGUUUCUGUUGGAGUUCGAUGCGGGAGAACCGUACGACUGCUACUUCACCGGCUGGGCUGUGGAGGUUCGCGAGAACUGGACGGACGGCAAUUUUAGCAACGAGACCAACUACACAGAGUUGAACUAUUCGCUCUGGGUGCCACGUGACGAGUGCAAGAACGAGGAGGCUUUCCCUCGGAACCGCAUGCGUUGCGUCGUUCCAAGACUGCGGAAGCAUUCGAUCUACGACGCAAAGGUGCGGGAGACGUGCUACGAUGGCUACACCGAGCUGCUGGACAGCGACUUCUCCUCGGAGCUGCCGGAUCGACAGGCCGAGACGCUGGUGCCGGUGGCAGCGACGAGUCCCUUUGGCUUGGUCAGUUUGAGCCAGGGACCUUACAGCUUCUCCUUGGCCUGGUCUGCAGGGGAUCCGAAGGACUGCCUCUACCAGAAGUGGCUGGUUGAGAUAAAGGACGACAAUUACACAGGUGAUGUCUGGCGAGAGGCCAUCGAGUGUGGACGAGAAGCGCGCGAUGUCACCAGCUGCACCAUCACAAUGCUUCACGAAGGCUACCUGGGGGAAGAGGCCCAUCUUCGCAGCAACACGGAGUACGAAGUUCGCGUGAAGGAAUUCUGCCAAACCUACACGUCGAUCUACGAUCCGUGGGGAGGGUCGCGAGAGCGUGCAGAGUACCUGGACAGUCCCAUCCACUAUCUGCCGGCCGAUCAGCUGCCCAGGACACUGGCUCCUGUGCCAACAUUGACACCCCUCAAUUUCAAAGUGAAUGAGACAGAUCACCAGUCCUUCAGACUCAGCUGGGAAGCGCAAAUCUCCAACGACUGCCGGUUCCGGAACUGGACUGUGGAGAUCCGGCUUGUCAUCCACUGCAUUGCCGGGGUCGGAUACACGAAUUGCACGGCGGUGGAGGACCAGCCCUGGGAGAUUCCGGGCACCUGUGUGAUCGAGGACAGAUCGGUUACCAGCUGCAAGGUGCAUGAUGUGAAGAGCUACAGCUUCUACGAGGUCAAGAUGCGGGAACGCUGCAGCGAUGCGACGGCAGAAAGUGCGGAUGCCACGCUGAUAGCGGAAGUGUGGCCCUUCUUGUCAGAUGCGCCGGACAACAUGACGGUCACUUCUCCCGAGCCCUUCACGCUGAAUGUGAAGUGGGACCCUGGAGAUCCCCAGGAAUGUGUCUUCUCGCACUGGGACGUUCAGGUUCAGGGCCGGCGCGUGGGUGACCUGGACGACACCUUUUCCAGGGAGUCCGUCACAGAUAAAUGGUAUGGUAUGAUCUGGGACCUGGAGGGAAAUGCUUCGUUUCUCAACUGGAGUACGACCAUCGACUCCUGCCGUUUGGUCGGCCAGCGGGAUGUUGCAGAAUGCAACAUCACGGGGCUCAUCAGCAACGCCUUGUACGAUGUGCGGAUUGCAGAGCGAUGUGUAGAUGAACGUGCUGACAGUCCGUGGCUCGUGGAGCGGCUGCAGGCCACGAUUCCAGCUUGGGCCUUGAUGCCAUUGGGGCCCAACGUCAGCAACGUCACCACCACUACCAUGGACCUGGAGUGGGCUGCGAGUGAGCCGCGCGACUGCCUCUUCAGCUCCUGGAAGGUCGAGGUGAAGCCCACGGCCAUUACCGACGACGACUGGAUACCGGUGCCAGAGUGCUCCCUGCCUGAUCGCGAUGCCACCUCUUGCCAGAUUGUGGGCCUGCAAAGCUACACCAGCUAUGAUAUCCGGAUCCAAGAGACCUGCAUCCAUGACACCAGCAACAGUCCUUACUUGCUGGAGGAGAACUCGUUCACGACCCUGGUGGGGAGCGUGGUCUACGUCGGGACGAACCCCAACACCAACUCCAAGGCGAUCUUCUUCGGCUCGCGAGGUCUGAAUGCCUGUGCCUAUCACACCAAGUGCUGUGCCGACGAGUUCUCGCUCUGCUACAGCAGCCAAGAGGUGGAUGUUAUCCGGACCGACUUGCCAGAUGCUGGCUGGGGGCAGGACCUGUACCUUUCUUGCGUCGCGGAUACUGUGGCCCAGGACGACAUGAAGCGCAUCGUGGCGCGCCCGCCGGCAAAGCUCGAAGCCGUUGAUCGCACUGCGAACUCCAUCGACCUGGUUUGGCUCCCCUACGGCUCCGGCGGGUACAUGAGUGAUUGCUACUGCUCCGAGUGGAACAUCUUCGUUCGGCGACAAGGUACUACGGAGUGGUUGCUCUCUCCAGACUGCAGGAAUAUGCCUUUUUCCCAGAGCAGCUGCACAGUGCAGAAUCUGGAAGACAACUGGCUCGCUCCAAACACUGUCUACGAGAUUCGCGUGCGGCAGACUUGCAGCUUCGAUCGCCUCAGCAGCCCGUACAAAGAGAUCCAGGUCCCCACAUUGCCUGGCUGUACCUUCUCCCAGCACAGCGGCCGAGACGACUAUUUCGUUUGCGCGGACGGUUUCUUCAGCUUCAUCUUUGAUGGCGGUCGUUUCGAUGGCGAUGGAACAGGAUGUUGGCGACGUGGAGGACGAGCCAGAUGUGCCAAAAACUUUCCGUAUAUGUGCGCCAGUCCGGACAGCUGUGCCAAGGUCGAUAGUCUUCAGUCCGGCGGCGUCCGAGCGGACCACUGCUGCAUGACGGAACCUUGCGGCUCGCGGAAUGGCGGCGACCGGGUGUGCCUGGUGCGUCCACUGCCACCGGCCGACAUCGUCGUGACCUCCCCAUCGCCGUACUCGCUGAUGGUAGACUGGCAGGAACAAGACUUCGCGGACACGACCUACUAUCCUUGCAGCUUCCGCCGCUGGCAAGUCGACCUCAGCCAGUACUUCUUCGAACAUUGGAGCUCGGAAUGGACUGCUGCGCCAGAGUGUUACAUCGAGGAGCGAAGAACGUCCCACUGCACCAUCACAGGCUUGGAAAGCAACGCUCUGUACUAUGUGCGUGUCAGAGAGGUCUGCCAGGAUGACGCGCUCAACGGAGACUACCUGCAGCACCCUGGGCUGGUGCAGGUGAAUCCCCUGCCGGCUGGUGCAGUGACCGAUGUCAUCGAGGCUCAUCGGGACAUCUACUGGAUCAAUGUGACCUGGACCCCCGGACUUCCGAACGACUGCGUCUUCGUUGCCUGGCAGAUCGAAGCGGUGGCGGGUGGUGAGACCCGCACUUUCACCACCGUGGGACAGCCGCGCCUACCGGCCUACCUCAACAUGACGGGGCUGACAGACGGCACAGUGUUCCAGAUCUUCGUAACGGAAGUGUGUGAGAAUCCCCUGGCCAACAGCGCAGCCGUGGAAGCCCUUGUGUCCUCCCGGCCGAACCCAGCACAGGACCCGCAGCAGCCCACAGUCACAGCAGCGGGAUCCUACUGGCUCAAUGUGGAGUGGUCUGCUGGUCAGCCGGGAACUUGCACCUUCCUCUCCUGGGAGGUGACCGUUCGGAAGACAGGCACUGAGCAGUUCGACCACGUGGCCGUCUGCAGUGAGACUGCUGAAAGCACCACCAGCUGCAACAUCACAGAGAGCUACUCCUGUUUCCAAGACCGGAAGUACAGUGGAUUCUACGAUGCCGACCUGACAUGUCCCGUUUGGUUCCGGGCCGCUGGACCAUUAGUUCAGCUCGUCAGCAGAUCACUCGUAGCAGCUGUUCAAGGGAGGAGAGCCACGGCAUUUCGGGCAUACCGCCAGCCAAGGCAAACCAGGCAAAUAAGUGGUGGUGCUGUUCCCUGA